AUGGCUUCCACCCAAGAACUCGCCAUCAUCUACUCUGCCCUGAUCCUUCAAGAUGAAGGUAUCCAAGUCUCCGCUGACAAGCUCCAGAAGCUCGUCGCCGCCGCUGGAGUCACCAUUGAGCCUUUCUGGCCUGGACUCUACGCCAAGGCUCUCGAAGGAGUUGAUGUUAACGUAAGUUUUUGAUGUUUUGUCUUGCUUUGCUUAGGAUUUCUGGAAAAGGGGGUGGAUGAAUAUAGCUUAAAUGGGUUUAUGUUGCACAUGUUCCAUACCCAUUGUUGAUUUUCGGCUUAAGGGUUUCCUAAACUGUGCAAUAUUAAAGUAGACCUUUGUUUGUUAACUGGCUUCAGAUGGAUUUAAUGCUGAAGAAAGUUGUUGACAUUGGUACAUUUUUCAAUAUAGAAAUUAGUUCAUUUUUUUUAUAUUUUGUCAUUUUUGACAUUUUAAUCUAUUUCUAUGCCUAAUGUUACUCUUUUACAGGAAUUGAUCAGCAACAUCUCAUCCGGUGCCGGAUCUGCCCCAGCCGCCGCUGCUCCAGCUGCCGGUGGAGCUGCCCCAGCCGAGGAGAAGAAGGAUGAAGGCAAGAAGAAGAAGGAAGAGGCCAAGGAAGAAUCCGACGAUGACAUGGGCUUCGGUCUCUUCGACUAA